UCGUGAAUCCACUUGAUGACAUAUCAUGCGACCGCCCACUUUUUGCUUUUUGUGAGACGUAGGCAUCCUCGGCCAUGAUGGUAUGAGAAGGCUUACCAUGCCGAUUAUUUUAUCUCCUAACCCUCUGUCUAGCUCCAGAAUUGGUCUGCGAGCCGUCAUCCGCGCCUCUCAAACCUACCCCGUCGCCGCUCUAGCAGCCCGUGCCAUUUCAACGAGCCGGCCCUUUGCUCGACAAUCAUGCUUCCAAUAUAGCGCAUGGGGCGUCGCACGCCCAUGCAAAGCUUCAUAUAUACGAAAUACGCAAAGUUUAAACCCUCACUCCCAACUACGCACCUUAUUUACCUUCCGCGCGAUUACCCAUUACAUCGAUAUACCUAACUGGUAUCAAGAUGCCGAAGGUCUUCCUUUUAGGAGGGAGGACCUCACGCAAAAGGAGGCGAACAGGAUAUUCCCGUCAAAUCUACCAGCCCCCCAAGCCAAUCUCCUGCUGAAGAUUGUACAUGGUAGACGAGUAGCGGGCACGCUAGACGACCCCAUUCUAGCACGGAACACAAAGCAAUUCAGAAUCAUCGAUCAGAAACGAGCCUUGGAAUACUUGCGCGAGCACAUACCUGUUGACGAGAUACUUAUGGCUGGAUUGAGGGCGGAGGAUGAGCUGAAGGCCCUUGAAGAACAGGAAGAUGCCGCUCAAGGAGUUGAGAAAUUCCAAGAGACAAGCCCCGAAGGCUCUCCAACGUCAUCCCAGGAGAAGACUGUUGAGAUUCCAACAGGGCGCUUACCCAGGAAGCCAGGCAGCGAUUCACCGUAUGGCGAGAGCAAUUUUGACAAGAUUCGCGCCGCAAACAUCGCAAAGCGUGAAGCAGAAGAAGCACGACUGGAAGAGGAGCGGAAGCUACGAGAAGAGGAAUUGGCUAAGGAGAACAUCGGAACGCUACAGACACAACAAGAACAGCCGAGACAAAUAAGCGAGUUCAGAAAGAGACACAUGGAACGCGCCACUUCCGACCUCGAAGCGCCGCCAGAAAUGCCAGCAUGGCAGCGAUUAUUCCCUAGCAUCGCAAUGGCGGGGCUGGUGAUCCUGGGGUCCAUUGGGUUUGCAGUCAUGUACCAAGCGCCGCCUUCAUCUCGCAGACUCUGGCCAGACAUUCCACCGGCGGCAGCGACUUGCCUCACCUUGAUAGCCACUAACGUAGCAGUAUGGGCGCUUUGGAAAUUCCCGCCAGCCUGGGCAUUCAUGAACAAGUAUAUGCUCCUGGUGGCAGCGACGCCAAGACCGCUACAGAUUCUCGGAGCUAUGUUCUCACACCAGUCGUUUGGCCAUUUGUUCGCCAACAUGUUCUUUCUAUGGUUCUUCGGGACACGCGUGCACGACGAGAUCGGACGCGGCAACUUCCUAGCUCUCUACUUCUCCUCUGGAGCCCUCGGAUUCGCCGCCAGUCUCACGCAUCUGGUGCUCUGGCGCGGACUUGUGUGCACCACCCUCGGCGCCUCGGGCGGCGUGUACGGCCUGAUCACGGCGUUCUUCUGGAUGCACAAGUUCGACGAGUUCAAGAUCUUCGGGUACCCGCCGGACCCCCUCUCCGGACCACAGGGGCUAGGGUUCAUCGGCUUGAUAUUGGGAGUUCACCUUAUCCCUUUGUUCCUGAGGCGCACGAAUAAUAUUGACAUGGCGUCGCAUUUUGGCGGCAUGUUGGCGGGUGCGCUGGGCAUUGACCUUGCUCGUCAAUACAUGGAUUAUAAAGCGCGGGCACGCGCUGAGAGGCUGAAUAUGGGACUGCUGACUACGACUGUCGAGGAAAAGGAUAUCUCGCUGGCGGCUCCUGUGGAGGAAUCGUCGUCGUCGCCUUCUAAGCGGUGAUGUACAGAUAUCGUAGAUGAUAUUUAUCUUCAUGUACCUACAUUCAGGCCAUAUAUGUAUAUAUCAUGAGCGAUGCUUGCAAUGUCUCUUGUACAGUACCAUCAAACUUCAAUCAUCUAUCAUCUAUCCUGGGCUCUAAGGAUGGCGCGUGAAUUACCUACCUCCGACCAACAUUGAGGCUGGUGAUGGCGCAACGGCGUGGCUUGGAGUUCGUUGUUGUUCGCAACCUUGGAAUAGAGCUGAGAAUGGACUCGGCUAAUUGGCAACGCCAUUCCCGUUCCCCCCAUCUGCCCCCAUGCCCAUACCAGGCGAGCCAGGAUGUAACGUGCGGUGUGCAACAUUCCCUGCAGCUAGCAUACGACGUCAUCUGCAAAGAACGUACCAUUGCCAAUCCUUUUCGGCAUGGAAAUGCCGUGUUGUGGUGUACACUACUUUCAAGUCUACUUGUGUUUAGCAUGCUGCACUCGUGGACGC